CUGAAGGGCGUCGUCCACUCAUACCCUACCAUAUCAUCCAACAUAUGAACCAUUUGUAUAAUUGUCUCACUUGUGGACCAUUUCACUGAUUCUUUCACUUUUCAAACUUUUUGACAACUUUUCUAAAUACAGUGAAAGUUAUAUAUAUUUCAAUCGAUAAGCCAUUGGAUGAGUAUUGAGUUGUCGGUGGCAUACAGUGAAUCGGUUGUGACGCGUGUGCCAUCAUUACCAUCAUAAGCAUCCCUACCAUCACUACAAUCAGUGAAAGAUGUUGCGAAACGCGGACAUCUCGUACUCAAGUAUAGCCCCAACCACUGGACGUACUGAUAGCUGUUUGUGUUGCUUUUGCACCUGUCAUUGCACGCAAUGCAAGUCCUGUUGCAGAUCAUGUUUCCUUCGGCUCCCUUACGGCACGAUUACAUCGACUUUGUUGGCGGCCUUUGGACUCAUAAUGAGUAUCGUCUCUAUCCUCCACUCGACGAGUAUUGCCGAUCGACUCACUCAUGAUCUCAUCCGAAGAAAAUACUACUGGUUGAGUGACUUGAAGGUGUGGUACGUUGUGUUCACGGUCUUCGUGUCGGUUAUUAUUGUGAUCAAUCUGUUCAUCGGAUUCGCAACCACUGGAACGGCUGGCACUAAGAAAGGGAAGCCGUGUCGGACGUGUGGGUGCACCCGGGCGUCCACCACUUCGUGUCUCAUAAAGACUGUAUUUGUGGUCAAUUAUAUUCUCUUCUAUUUUCUGGUUUUGUUAACAAUAAUCGUUUUGUUAACUCUAUUCGUAUGCUAUGUAUUGAGUGAUCUCUGCAACGAAGGCAUUGAUCUAAUAGUGGAGCCCUUGAAUGUUAUCAAUCCCUUUCCCCACGACACCAGAGCCGGACAGUCGUCUCAAUAUCUAGAUUUGAGACAAUUCUCGCCAUUGCUUUCGUUGCGAUCAAAUGAGACACAGUAUAUGUAUUUCAAAGACAAUCGCCUUAAGAAACUUUGCGAUGACUACGUGUCCGCCCUUUACUUCCAUAUCAUACUCUGUUCAAUAGGAAUGGUAUCCCUUUGUGCGGCUUUUCUAAACUUUUUGAUUAAUUUAAGCGUUAAUUGGGUUAGAAUUAGUGCGAAACAAAAGUAUGCGGAGAUUCUGUACUUGAAUGGCGCGGAGAUGACUGCUUUCAAUGAGGGCAGCAGUCGCUACUGACCGCACCGGUAGUACACCGCUCAACAUGUCAUGACUAACUGUCUUAAAGAUAUUGACAGAUAUGACAAACAUUUGGUUUAUUUUCACAAUUUACUUGUAUUUAUAAUCUCUGCAUUUAAAUCACAAAGUUUU